AUGGAGGAGGACGAAUGGGACGACGCGCUGCUCUCAGAGAUCACAGCGCUGGAGAAGCGUCACUUGCAGACUCGUACUCAGCAGAAUCAGACCCAGAGAGUGUGGAGCUGCAGGUCGUGUACGCUACAGAACGAGGCGUCGAGAGCGAGUUGUCAAGUGUGCUCCACACUGCGUGGCAAGGCUCGACUUUCCUUUGACGGGACGUCGGCGCCUGUAGCGGUGCCACCGUCCCAGCCACAGAGGCAACGGGACGCAGAACAGGACGUCGGACGCUCCGUGCCGUCUCCAUUUAUAGUAAGAGACAGAGAUCAAGCAAUCAGGACCUCGCAAGAGACGACUCUAGGCUCUGCAGCCUCUGGAUCGGGGCUGGUACUCACGUCUCGACGUUCAGAGCAAGUUUCUGGAGCUGCCACAGCGAAGAGACCAGCUUCAUCGCCCGUACAAAUGUCUCGACACGCAGCAGGAGAGGACUCCCAGGCUAGAAACAGGUAUCUCGACAUUGUGGCACGCUCAAACUUUCCCCAGAUCGACUACGAGGCCGCCCAGCACUUUGUGUACCCUACCAACUACGCCAUCCGAGACUAUCAGCUGGCUAUAGCUGAGAAGGCCUUGUACCACAACACACUGGUAUCGUUACCCACCGGUUUGGGGAAGACGCUGGUGGCUGCAGUUGUCAUGUACAAUUUCUAUCGCUGGUUCCCCACUGGAAAGAUCGUCUUCAUGGCCCCUACCAAGCCCUUAGUGGCACAACAGAUCAAAGCUUGUCACGAGAUCAUGGGCAUCCCGCUGUCAGACACCGCAGAGCUGCAGGGAAAUGUGCCUCCGACGAUGCGUCGCGUGCUCUGGGACUCGAGGCGCGUCUUCUUUUGCACCCCGCAGAGUCUGCAGAAUGAUCUUCGUCGAGGCGUCUGUGCAGCGGAGAAGUUCGUGUGUAUUGUGGUGGACGAGGCCCAUCGAGCCACGGGAAACUACGCGUACUGCUGCGUGGUGCAGGAGAUCGAAGCCAAGACGCCUUUCUUCCGUGUUUUGGCGCUCUCAGCCACACCAGGAGCCAAGUUUGACGUGAUCCAGGACGUGGUGACUAAUCUGCGGAUCUCUCACAUUGAAAGUCGCUCGGCUGACGAUUCCGACGUGAAGAAAUACACCCACGCACGGCAGGAAGAGGUCAUUGUGUGUCGUCUGGGCGCUCAGAUCAUGGAGAUCAAGGCGCAGUUCCUCAAGUUCUUUACGCCCAUCAUUCAACGACUUCUCCGGGGUGACAUCAUCCAUAACAGCGACCCAGAGAAGCUCUCGAGCUGGUAUGUGCUGCAAGCGCGGGAAAAGUUUCGGAAAAGCCCCAACUAUGCCUCGAACCGCAGUGCUGAAAGCGACUUGGCGCUUCUCGUGAGUCUACUUCACGCCAAGAGUCUGCUGACAGGCCAUGGGCUCAGUAGCUUCCGAGAUCAAAUCAUGAGCUGGAUGGAGGAACGGAAGAAGGGCAAAAUGUCGUGGUCGAAGCGCGAAAUGCUGCAGUCUCCAGACCACCCGAAACUGGUGAAACUUCGUCAAGUUCUGCUGGAGCAUUUCCAACGCCAUUCUGCGGGUGGGUCCAGCACGCGUGCCAUUGUCUUCACGCAGUAUCGGGCCAGCGUGUCGGAGAUUGUAGCGCUGCUGCGUCCGCUGGCUCCUCUCCUGAAUGCACAGCCGUUUAUUGGCCAGGGCGCGACUGGGAAAGCCAAGGAGAACAAAGGCCAGUCCCAGAAGGUACAACAAGAGAUCGUGCGGAGGUUUCGGCUGGGCGAGUUCAACGUCCUCGUGGCGACGUGCAUUGCAGAGGAAGGUCUGGAUAUUGGCGAAGUGGACCUCAUCGUGUCGUUCGAUGCACUCACGUCGCCUGUGCGAAUGAUCCAACGCAUGGGCAGAACUGGACGGAAGCGUGUGGGUAGAGUUAUCAUCCUAGUGACGGAAGGCGAUGAGCAAAAGAAGCUGGCCCGCAGUGCGUCAGCAGCGAAGACUGUGAGUCGCGCUCUCACGACGUUCAAGAGCAGGUUCACGUACUCCAAGUGUCCCCGCAUGAUCCCCACGGGGAUCUGUCCGCAGUUAAGAGAGCUGGAGAUGAAGAUUCCAACUUUCCACGCGUCCCAGGUGGGGGGCAAGACUGCGUCAGUGGCGGUCGAUCCAAGUCUGUGGCAGCUCAGCGAUGCUGAACGAGCAGUGGCGCUCAUGAAGUAUUUCCCGCCGAAUUUCGCUUCAAGCUCGAGGAACAAACUCUUUCCUGUCGUUGCUAAUCGGGGGCAUCUGCUACGACGUCAGCCGCGGAGUUUAGUGCAGACAAGUGUGGGUGCUCGGGUGGGAUAUUCGACUAGGUCGCUGAUGUUGCAGGGUCUUGUACGGAAGAUUCACGGUGUGGAGGAAAUACUGGAGACCGCUUCAGACGAUGACGAGGAAAAGUCUGAAGCUGAUGGAGACAAAACUGUUGCUGAAGUCUCUCAAAACUCUAAGCAUCGCUGA